UUUUACACAAUGACGUCAAAGGGGGAAAAAAAUGGGUGAUCGAAGUGUUUCGUUUUGACACAUCAGGCAACUUAAGGAACGACUUCCUGAUGAUUUUAUAAGAAACUAUAUGCAAAUAUCCUCGGAAGCGCUACCGUCCUGAGCCGCACUGACAGGGACUCCUGUGGUCCUGGUCAUCCCACUGAGGAAGCUAGCUAGCUAGCUUUAUUCCCCACAGCUACAGGAGGGGAGCUGCUGGGAGUUGGUGUUGAGACGAAUCGGCCGCAGAGACUCCAACUAACUUCCUCAUUAAACUGAAAAGGCAGCGUCCACCAGCAUGGAAAACAAAUAUAACCUGAAAAGUCCAGCGGUGAAGAGGCUUAUGAAAGAAGCUGCAGAACUGAGGGAUCCAACCGAGCAUUACCACGCCCAGCCACUAGAGGACAACCUCUUCGAAUGGCACUUCUCUGUUCGCGGGCCUCCAGAUUCAGACUUUGACGGUGGGGUGUACCAUGGCAGGAUAGUUCUGCCCCCAGAGUACCCCAUGAAGCCUCCCAGCAUCAUCUUGCUAACACCAAAUGGGAGAUUUGAAGUCGGGAAGAAGAUUUGUUUGAGCAUCUCAGGACACCACCCAGAGACCUGGCAGCCUUCAUGGAGCAUUCGAACUGCGCUGAUUGCCAUAAUUGGUUUCAUGCCUACCAAAGGUGAAGGAGCGAUCGGAUCUCUAGAUUAUACCCCAGAGGAGAGAAAGGCUCUGGCCAAAAAGUCUCAGGACUUCUGCUGUGAAGCCUGUGGCUGUUCGAUGCGUUCUGCCCUCCUGCCUCUGACCUCCAACAGUAACCCUAGUGCAGAGGAUCGCCAGGCCAAAGAACUGGCUCAGCAAAUCAAUUUCAAGGUAAAGAUGACGGCAUGGAGGUGCCUUCCUUCACAGCUCAUCCAGGCUUUCCUGGAAAAUGUCAGCUCUUUUGCAGGAGCAGAGGAGCCUCAGACCCGCGAUGACCGCAGCCCCACCCGUCCACUCAGCCCCAGACAGCGCAGAGCUCAGCAGCACAGCCGGCAGCCUCCCAGAGCCGGCAGAGAGCCAGCAGCCAGCAGGGCUGCCUUCGCCCCGCCUCCUCGCCACAACGAGAGCCACGCAGGCUCCGCGGUCCUCAUCCUCGUUCUCACCCUCGCUCUGGCCGCCCUCAUCUUCCGCAGGAUCUACCUGGCUAACGAAUACAAGUUUAACUACGAUCUGUGAUGCCUCUCGCCGCUGCUGCAGAACUUUGAGCGGUGAGGAAGCAGAGACCAAGCAGCCGCUAACACUGACUUUUAGGGCUUUUCCAGCCAACGGUUCCAGGAACAGAGCGGGCUGGUUCUUCAGAACGCCGUCACGCCAUCACAUAGAAAGUGUCUUCCAGUGUGCCCCCCCUGCCUCCCUCUGAUCAGCCAUGCUUUAGCAGAGGAACACUGACCCAGUGUGACUCAUUUUCUCUUUUAAUUCUAGUUUAGAACUUCUGAUUCUAGAUAUUUAGACCUGCUUUCUGAUGCAAACCUCCUGCAUCCAAACAGGGCAAUAAAAAAUGAAGCUCACUAUGAUGCACCUUCAUCUGAAGUUGUAAAAUGCUAUCACAGCGUUUUCUUCUUCAGCAUAAAUACAACAAACCCAAGACUAGAUGGUGUUAAUCUACCCCUGAAACUGGUUCUGUUCCAUCAGGUCCAGAUGAUUUUAGUUUAGUUCUAACUCUAGGGACCAGCCCUGAUUUUACGGCUGGAACCAGUUUGCUGGGAAAGCCCGCUGUGCUCUUCCCCCUCAGCAGAUGAUCCUUCCUGCUGUCAACCACUUCUCACCUUCAGGGUGUCUUUUAAUCAGCGGGACUUUAACUGCCUGCAGCUUUGUGCAUUUUUUUUAGAAACAGGAAGCUUUUUUUCUGGUUUGCAGACAAAACAUGCCUCCCUCUGUAAUUACUGGAUAUCCACCGGCUGUACUUACUCUGGUCAUUAAAACUAAGUGAGCUUCAUGGGCAAAUGUGAGAUUUUUUUUAUCUUAAACUAAUGGAAGGAUUCCCAUGAAAUGCAUGAACUGGAAUGAUUUCACUGCUUCCUGAACAUCUGAUGAUGUUGGACCAAGAAUCUGGAGAAAGUCUUAGUUUGUAAACUAUUGUUUUCCUCUUUUUCACAUUUAAAGAUUGGGAGCGAGGGUUAGGAUAUGUGUGUGUGUUCUUCUCUGGAAUCAAAGCAGCAGGUUUUUAAUUUUGGGAGAUCUGAUGGUCUCCAUUCAUUUUAGAGGUAUAAUCCAUCAACUGUGAUCACUGUUAAUGUUUGUACCAAGAUCAUAGUUCCUUUGCCAAAGAAUCACCAUCCAUGAUUCGGUUUGUGUUGCUCACUGAAAUAAAUCUGAUGAUAAAAAACUGUUUGUGUUUAU